AUGGCAACUGCAGCAGCACCGGAGGAAGUUGUUACUGCGAAACCAGUGGCGGCGGAGCCACUACUUUCGUCGGCGGCGAUAGAGAAGCCAACCGAUGUGUUGGAGGAUAAAUCUGUCAUUCCUGUGCCUCACGAGAAAGUCCACGAUUCCAAAGCUGCUGCCGUCCCCGAAAAGGCUCUAGAACCUUUACCGAAGAAAAGCUCAAAAGGAUCCCUUGACAGAGAUAUUGCUCUUGCUAAGAUAGAAGAUGAAAAGAGAUUGUCGUUUAUCGAGGCAUGGGAGGAAAGUGAGAAGAGCAAAGUGGAGAACUGGGCACACAAAAAGCUUUCUGAGGUUUCAUCAUGGGAAAACAGCAAAAAAGCAGCUCUUGAAGCCAAACUAAAGCAGAUUGAGGAACAAUUGGAGAAGGAGAAAGCGGAUCAUGCUGAAAGAAUGAAAAAUAAGUUAGCUCUCAUUCACAAGCAAGCAGAAGAGAAGAGAGCUAUGGUUGAAGCUAGACGAGGCGAAGAAAUUCUCAAAGCAGAUGAGAUGUCUGCAAAAUUCCGUGCAACCGGGCAUGCUCCUACGAAGGUUUGUGGGUGUAUCGGAGGUUAA